AUGUCAAUCCGUGUUGCAAUUGUAGGUGCUACCGGCGAAACCGGUGGUUCCAUAACCAACGCAUUGCUAGAGUCGACUGAUGUCAAAUUCUGGAGUCAGGAGGUAACUGCUCUCGCCCGUCCGGAGUCAAUCCAAAAGCCGGCAUACACAGAACUUAAGCAACGAAGUGUCACCAUCGUUCCGGCAAACUUGAACGGGCCACAAGACGACCUAGUAAAGGUCCUACGUGGGAUUGAUGUUGUAGUCUCCGCCAUCGCAUUUACUAGCCUUUCGGACGAAAUCCCACUCGCCAAUGCGUCAAAGGCUGCGGGCGUUAAGAGAUUUGUCCAGUCCGCCUUGAUGGUUGUCAUUCCACCGCGUGGAGUUGUUGAUUUUCGUGAAAAGAAAGACGAUAUUCUGAGCCACAUUCUCAAAAUUCGCCUGCCUUACACAUACAUCGACGCUGGGUGGUGGUAUCAAAUCGCGUUUCCACGGCUUCCCUCUGGUAAAAUCGACUAUGCUAUCCCUUCCGACUACUCUGGAAAUCUUCUUGGUGCUGACGGAAAUGUUCCGAUUGCCUUGGCCGAUAUUCGUGACGUAGGUCGCUAUGUUGCCCGAGUCAUCGCGGACCCUCGAACGAUCAACAAGAAGGUUUUUGUCUACAGUGAGGUUCUGCCUCAAAACCAGAUAUAUGAAGCAUUUGAGAAGGCCAGCGGAGAGAAACUGGAAAGGCAAUACAUUUCCGAAACAGAAUUACUGUCAAAUAUUGAGGCGGCACGCUCACUAGCUAACACCAACCCCGAAAACUCCGAUGCCGUGAGGCAAUUUGUGAAGGGCCAGCUUCUUCAUUCUAUCGCCAUUCGCGGGGAUAACACACCCGAGAAUGCUGAGUACUUGGGAUAUUUAGAUGGUAAAGCGUUAUACCCUGACUUUCCAUACAUCAAGUUCGACGAUUUUGUCGGAGAUCUACUCAUUGGAAAGGCAAAAGGGGUUUACAACCCGUAA